ACCCGGAUCGGAAGUUACGACAUUUUGAUCGGAAGCAAGAACGGGAGCUCACUGGCUGAGAGUUAGAAGAUGGAUAGCUCUGUGGCUUUAUUCAAUCACCUCAAGGCUGCAGAUCCAUUUUUCCUCUUAGCUGGACCCAAUGUGAUUGAAUCCGAAGAGCAUAUAUUGAAGUUGGCAAAACAUACAAAGGCUAUUGUAUCUAAGUUUGGUCUGCCUCUGGUUUUUAAAUCUAGCUUUGACAAAGCCAAUCGUACUUCCUCAAAAUCUUUCCGUGGACCUGGCCUGGAAGAAGGUUUGAAGAUUCUCGAGAAGGUUAAAGUCGCUUAUGACCUCCCUAUAGUUACAGAUGUGCAUGAGAGUAGCCAGUGUGAAGCUGUUGGGCGUGUUGCUGAUAUUAUUCAAAUUCCAGCUUUCCUUUGCCGCCAGACUGACCUCUUAGUUGCUGCUGCAAGGACGGGCAAAAUCAUUAACAUCAAGAAAGGACAAUUUUGCGCUUCAUCUGUAAUGGUGAAUUCUGCAGAAAAAAUUAGACUUGCUGGCAACCAGAAUGUGAUGGUUUGUGAACGUGGAACUAUGUUUGGCUACAAUGAUUUAAUUGUUGAUCCACGUAAUUUGGUGUGGAUGAGAGAAGCCAAUUGUCCAGUGGUCGCUGAUAUUACUCACUCACUGCAACAACCUGCUGGAAAAAAGCUUGAAGGUGGUGGUGUUGCUAGUGGUGGUUUGCGUGAACUAAUACCUUGUAUUGCUAGGACAGCUGUUGCAGUUGGUGUGGAUGGGCUAUUCAUGGAGGUGCAUGAUGAUCCACUGAAUGCUCCUGUAGAUGGUCCAACACAAUGGCCUUUGCGCCACUUGGAGGAACUUUUGGAAGAGCUCAUAGCAAUAGCUAGAGUAACUAAGGGGAAGAAGCCAUUUGAAAUUGAUCUCAGACCUUUUCGUGAUUAAAUCAUGAGAAUCUGCUGCACAAGUGAGGUAAAAAUUUCAGUUUCUGUUGUAAUUCUUAACUGUAGCCGCCUGUUUUCGGUAAGUCACUUCCAGAAUUAUCUUGUUCGAGUUCUUCUUCUUUUUUAUUAUUAUUUUUUUAAAUUUUCUAUUGAAUUUGAACAUGAAUUGUAAUUUGGGCUGCAUUUGUGAUUACUGUCUUAUUUAAAUUCAUUCAUUUUAUCAUCAGUCAAAUUUGAGCUGAAAAUGAAUAUGACCUGUAGCUAGGGUUGGAAGUU